GGAUUCCAGAGAGAGAGAGAGAGAGAGAGAGAAAAAGAAAAAGAGAGAGAAAGCAAGCAAGUAAGCCACAAACAAGUGUGGAGAGGAGAAACGGGAGUUUGUCCAGCGUGGAGGAAUUGCUGAUAAGAUUUGGUAUUUUAAAUCAACAUAAAUUUGUUCACAGGAAUAAUGAGGAACGGUUGGAUAAUCGUUACGCUCGGUCUGGUGACCUUUGUAUCAGGUGAAAUGACCCCGGCAGCCUCACAGGGUCAAAUUUCUCCUGACGAAAAGGAUUUGUAUCUUGAGGAUGGGUCAGGGGAUUUUCCAGUAGAUGAUGACGAUGAUUUUAAUUCUGGGUCAGGCUCGGGUCUCGAAGUGGAAAUCGAGGAGCCCAUCACUGUGAAAACGUAUAUGUUUCCAAAAGCACAACCAACCAGGGACUCGACUAAAGUCUUCACACACAAAGUGGAGACAUCUACAGCCAAAGCCAGAAUGCUGCCUAAGAGUCCUGCCAGAACCGAGCCACCAGUUCUGGCCACGGAUACAGAUCUGGAUUUAAUGAGCACAACUAGUAAGCCAAAAAUGUCUGGCAGUGGUCUGGACACAGACGUGUCUGCGGAGAUACAGUCCGAAAACCUCUUCCAGAGAACAGAAGUACUGGCAGCUGUAAUUGCUGGUGGAGUGAUUGGGUUCCUGUUUGCAAUCUUCCUGAUCGUACUGCUAGUGUACCGCAUGAGGAAGAAGGAUGAAGGCAGCUAUGACCUUGGGGAACGCAAACCGUCCAGCGCUGCCUAUCACAAGGCACCUACCAAGGAGUUUUACGCAUAAACAUUAUGGAGAAUCUCUGAUUGAGAUCAAUGAACUUUUUAAAAACAGAAAUGAAUACAAAAAAGCUUUUGUUUAGAGUAAUGGAAACCUUUCUUUUUUUCUUAAAAAAAAGAAAAGAAAAGCCAACAAGGCUGUUUUAUGGCGAAUCCCAGUGUAUUGAAAUAUUUCAUGUAUCCUUUUAAAAGGCUGAAAAACAACAAAAAACAACACUUAAUUUGUAACUGUGAAAAGCAGUGGAGGUGUCUAAUGAAGCCACUGUUUUUCACAGACUAGUUUUUAAUAAAGCAGUAUAUGUAAAAAGACGAUGGAUAUAAUUGAAUAUAAUUGUUCUGGGCCUAGCCUGUCUUUUAAUUUUGUCAUAGCAUGUGUGAAGUUGAUCUACAAGGUUUACUUCAUUAAUUUAUCUGUUUUAAAAUUGCCUUUCUAUAGUUUUCAUGGUGCAAUUUUGUCUUGAAAAUAAUAAUAUAGCAGCAAGUGUAAAUGCAAUUUUUCUUUUUUAGGGUACUUUAUAAACUGUCUUUUGCUUUAUAUAAAGUAGUCAAGAUUGGGAAUUUCUCACGCUGCUUUGUUUCUUAAUGUAGCUUCAGUCAGAUUUUCAACAGCAGCAUCUGUGUACAAAACAAACUGGUCUUAACUGCAAACUGUGUAUUUGUUUCUUCGACGAUCUUCAGGAUAGAAGAUUUGAUGUAAGCUACUGACAGAAAAGCCUAAGAAAACCCAAAGACGUAACCAUAUUCUGGAAGCUGCUGCAGAUUCUGCUGGCCACUUUUUAAAAAAAUGUGUCUCUCCUUUCCAUUAGAAGGUUUGUGAUUAGAGACUGAUAAUUUGGAAUCCAAUUGCUUAACAAUACAUGUAUAAAAUAUAUAUUUACAAAUGUUUUAAGCCUCUGAAGUGCCUACCAUUCUGAAUUGUGCUUGUUCCAGACUGGAUAGAAAUAUUUCUGUAUUUCAGUGUGUGAGUUUUGUGCUGGCAUUUUAGAAGCACAGGCAAUUGUUAAUCUUACAGAAGCAGACAGUAUUGUAUCUAUAAUUUGAAACACACUACUGAAUAAACAUUGUGGCCUAAUACUAAAA